UUUUCCGCAGCUCUCUCGGCUUGACCCGCAGCGUGUUUUCCGGGAAGAUGGUCACUUUCACAGGACUUUAUCACAGGUUCUACCGCCUGGCAAAAUUUGCAGCACAAAAGCAAAGCAGGAAAUAUGACAAACGGUGCACCAUAACCGGUGGCAUCACGCUGCAUAAUAAGAUCCAGGCAGUGUCAGAUGGAGAGUUGAACAUGUCUGCACGGGGCUGUGGAGGCAGCAGCUCCAGCCUUCCAGGGACUCCAGGUGGAGAGGCUGGCCCCGCCAACAGCGUACUGAGCUGGGCCGUUUCAUUUGAGAAGCUGUUGGAGGACCCCUCUGGGGUCUGUUACUUUACGGCCUUCUUGAAGUCUGAGGUGAGUGCGGAGAACAUUUUAUUCUGGCAAGCUUGUGAAAAGUUCAGGAGGAUUCCAGCCACCUCAUUGGACGAGCUAAAAGCAGUGGCUCGCUCCAUCUACAACACCUACCUGUCUGACAGCGCUCCCUACUCAGUCAACAUCGAUGACACCGCCAAGACAGAGGAGAAGGACCUGGAGCAGCCAACACCUGACAUGUUUAACAAGGCUCAAGCACAGAUAUUCAAGCUGAUGAAGAUGGACAGCUACAGGCGGUUUGUGCGCUCUCCUCUUUACCAGAAUUGCACCUUGGCAAGUGUAGAAGGAAAACUUCUGCCUCAGCUCUCUAAUGAGCCGGUUCGCAUGGGAUCCUGGGAGGACGUGGCCAGCAGCAGCCCCUCGCUCAGUGACAGGAAGAACAAGAAGUCAGACUCUAACAGUUUGCCAGGUGGCAAGAGUGCCUCAGAGAAACUGCGACAGAAAAGAGGAUCCUGGGGAGAAGAUACACCUAACACCCAGAGUGUAGUCUCCCGCAAAGAGUCCCAUAUGUCGGUGAAGUCGACCAGCAGUGUGGAGCUUGGCUCCCUCUACAGGCAGAUGGAGAAUGGCAAAUCAAUUCCCCGGUCUCCAGAUCAGGGAGGUGGGAGCAGGAUAGAGGUGGAGGGGGGUUACUGCUGUGUCUACCUACCUGACGGCAGUGCCUCUCUGGCCCCUACACGCAAUGGCCAACCCAUCAAAGACAUGCUGGCUAGCCUGUGUGAAAAGAGAGGCUUCCCGCUGAAAGAUAUCAUUAUCUACCUUCACGGGAAGGACAAGCAGCCCUUAUCGCUGGACCAGGACUGCUCCGUACUGAGAGAUCAGCAGGUCUCUCUAGAGCUCAGGGUGACGUUUGCGCUGGAGAUUGCCUUCACUGGUAAGACUGUGGGGAUCAUGGUGAAGUCUAGUAAGACGCUGCAGGACGCCCUCUCUGCUGUGAUGCAGAAGCACCACCUCAAGCUGCAAGAGGCCCUGGUCACCAUGGUUGGAAGUGACGAGCCUGUGAACAUGAGCGGCACCGUGUUCAGAUUGGCCAAUAAGACGCUACGACUUGACAAAACCAAAGGAAGAGACCAGGCCAACAUUUCCAGAGGCAGUGGUUCUGCUGCAGCCUCACAGGCUGGAGCAGCGAGUGGAGGUGGCGUGGAGGCCCGAGCAUCGCCGAAGUCAGACAGAGGAAAGACUCAGCCCAAGCCCAGUAAGAACCCCGACAUGGAUGGGUUUCUGGACAUGCUGACGAGAGCUCAGUGCUGCAGGGUGGACGACCAGCGAGGCCUUCUGACCAAAGAGCAGCUCGAGAUCCCUGACUUCCUGCAGGUGUCCGCAGACCAGGGGCAGGACACGGAGCCAGAGGGGCCCAGUACAAGCAGCUCCUCCAUUGCAGAAUCCAAAGAGAAAUUGGAGGACAAGACCUCAUUACCUUCAAGCUCAGCUGGGGCAGCGGGGGGAACCCCUGACUCUGCUGGAUCAGAAUCCAAAGACUUAAGAGAAACAGCAGUUUGAAAGCUGUUCAUGUGUGGGACGGACAAAGACAUGAUCCAAAAACAUCUUGCAACAUGAUUUUGCCAAUCAUGUCAAAAGACUCAUUUUAGUCCAAAAUGGAAAAGCACUUUUUAUGAUUGUUUACAUAUAAGCUCUGAGACAGCAGGGUGCCACCAUCUCUGCUACUGAUGAUAUGGAGAGAAGAGAUAUCAUGGCAAGCAUUUAUAGUGUCAUCUCAAAACACUACACGUCCUUAUGGGAAAAUGUUUGCUAUGAAUUGUUUAAUGCACCCAAAAAUGUAUGAAAAGAAGUUUUAGCUCAACAAUUCACCCUGAACCUAGCUUUUCCCUGAUGUUUGUUUAACGCUUUACAGUUUGAGUUGCAGUUCACACUCCUUUUUUAUUUCUCUCAAUCUAACAUUGCGCUCUUGCUUUUCUUUGAACUCUAAGCCUGAACAUGUCUAUGCACAGGAACUAGUCAUUGUCCAGAACGGGUUUUUGAAGUGUAUUACAUGAUUGUGUCUUCUUUGUUUCUAUUAAGAUUAUUGAAUAUUUUUUACACAGAUUCAUUUUUAAUAUUUUAAAUGACUAUUUUCAUUUUGUGUGCUUACUUGCGGUUUUGAAAUGUAUGUUUGCAGUACUUAAAUGCAUUUGCUGUGUUUGCUGUGAUGGCACUUUGUGAAGCCCUGGCCAGGUCCUGUUUUCCUGUCACUUUAGACUAUAUACAUGGGUCCACAUCAGUCAUCAGAAAUGUGGUAUUACUAGGAGGGAAUCAGUCGCUUUGAUCAUCAAAAAUAUCCCACAGGGUGUAUGAAAAGAAUUAAAGUGUUUUAUGAUGAA